UCUUGGCUCUGCAUCACAGCAAUAAACACAAACACAUCUGGUCAUAUUCAUAGUGCAUUUUAUACACGGCUGCAGAACACCGUCCACUGAUUUUGCACUUACUCACUUAGAAAAGUACUUUUGGGACUUUUUUAAAAUCAAAAUGCACAAAGUUGCAGCCUAUAUAAUAUAAUAUAAUCAUAUAUAUAACAAAAACUAGAUGGCUUUGCUUAUUCGGGUUUUUUUUUUUUUUUUUUUAAUCAUGUCUGUUGUAUAACAUCGUGUUUUUCCAUGGUACAAGUUUUUUGGAUGCAUCACUGCUUCAGCGCGCGAUACUGUUGCACUGACUUGAAUUUAAUGACAUCAUGGUGAAAGUAUUUUUUGGCAGAGCACUUGCUUAAACAGGGCGGAUAUUAUGGACUAUGAUUCACUGGGAUACACAUUUCUUUGCAGCGCUUCUCUUGAAGAAUGCGAUGUCUCUCGAUUAUUGGAAAAUCAUGUAGGAAAGUUUGUGCAUUCUCAUGCAGAAAAAGGACUUGGAGAGUGCCGAAAAAUGCCCAUGCGUCAUAACUUCUCAACUGUGACCAUCAUGCUCCAGAUAUGUGUGAUCUUCAGUUUGCUGUCAGUCGUCCUCUCCCAGUCAACAUAUUCUGCACCCAAGAAAGGUCGUAACAUCACUAUCCACUCCUCCCAGCUGGUCUGUAGUUUGCCAGGCCCAGCAGGACCUGCAGGAAACCCGGGAGCCCCUGGCUCACCGGGGACCAUGGGGCCAAUGGGGGCCCCAGGGAAGGAUGGCCCAGAUGGGAAAGAUGGGGAGAAGGGAGAAAAGGGAGAUAGAGGUGAUCCAGGGAGGACCGGGAACCCAGGCAAGCCAGGUGUGAAAGGCCGUGAGGGUGUUAUCGGCAAGGCUGGACCUCGGGGGCUGAGAGGGCUCCGUGGAAAAGCAGGGCUGGGUGGAAAAAGGGGGCAAAAAGGAGAUGCGGGUGACACGGGCCAGCAAGGAGCUUCUGGAGGCUGCAAUUGUGGCAGCCAAGCCCGUUCAGCUUUCUCUGUGGCUGUGACAAAGAGCUAUCCUAAAGAACGCAUGCCCAUCCGCUUCAGCCGGAUCCUGCUGAAUGAGGGGAACCACUACAAUGCCAGCAGUGGAAAGUUUGUCUGUGCUAUCCCUGGGGUCUAUUAUUUCACUUAUGAUAUCACACUGGCCAACAAGCACCUGGCCAUCGGGCUGGUCCAAAACGGACAGUACAAGAUUAAGACAUUUGAUGCAAAUACAGGGAACAAUGAUGUGGCAUCUGGUUCCACUGUUCUCCACCUGAAGCAUUUAGACCAGGUCUGGCUGCAGAUCUUCUACUCGGAGCAGAACGGACUCUUCUUUGACCCCUUCUGGACAGACAGCACCUUCACUGGCUUCCUUAUCUACGCUGACCAGGACUAUCUCAAUGAGGCGGAUAGAAAAGCUAAUGCUGAAAGUGGCAGUUAAUACUUUAAUCCUGAAAUAAGUUUGUUUCCAUAAUUGAUUUUAUUUCAUACCAAAAUGUUUUGGAGAUCAAUUUUGGAAAAGAUUGCUCAACAAUGGCAGGCUUCAGGAAUUUCCAGUAUUUUAACAAGUCCUGACAGCAGGUGGCACCCAAAUGAAAGAAAACAUUCAACUGCAUUUGGGGAACUACUAAACAAUGCUUGAGUGACUGAAAAGCCAUAACUUUUGGCUGAAAUAUCAUUCAUGGUGCUAUAAUUCUCACAAAAUAUUUAAAAAAUUGAUAAUUGAUACUUUCUUUCAACUUUUCAUUCCCAUAUUUGGUUCUUUUAGAAUCAUGUACUGUACAGGAGCCACAAGGCGACCACCAGUUUUUACUCUUUUACAGAAUAUUUAGAACAUUUUUUUGUACUUUUUUAUGAUAGUGUAAUUUAUACAUUAAGCUUUUUUUUACAUACUGUAGUGCAUUAAAAAUCUGGCUUGACUCAACCAAUAAUGAGUGUUCUUAGCAUGCAUUACUACAAUAUUCCCAAAUCAGGGUCUAUGUACCACCAAGAGAGCUCAUCAGAUUCCCAUAAACUGAAGAAAUUGUUAAAUUUAACCAUUAAUUUAUUUAAUAGGAUUGAAGAUGAGAGGAUGCAUGAUCAGAACGGGAAGAAUGAACAAAAGAGGGAAAAAUGACAUUUUCAUUUUUCCCUCCACUGAUUGUCAUUUAAUUGCACUCAUAAUGCACAAAGUACCAAGUAGCUGUCAAAAAGAUGUAAUGUAGUAGAAAUUACACUCUUUCCUUCUGAGUACCUCAAAAGUGUACUUUCCACCUCUCAUCUACAGCGGCAACUUUCAUAUGCUGUUAAAGAUGUUUUAUGGGUAAAUUAAACCUAAAAGUGACACCCCUCAGUAACAAGGGAAAAAACUAUAAACACUGUAGUAAUAACUAGUAAUUCACACAAGGAUUAUUAUAAGUGGUGGAGGAAGUAUACAGAUCUUUUACUUAAGUAAAAGUCUUGCAUUCAAAAUCCCACUUAAGUAAGAGUAUUAUCGGCAAAAUAUACUACUAUAAUAUACUACUAAGUAUCAAAAGUAAAAGUACAUGUUCUGCAGAGAGAAAGACUAUGACUGAUAUAUUAUUAUCACAUGAUUAGAUUGUUACAAUAAUGUGCUCAAACAAAGUGUAAACAGCAUUUACUUUUGUAGCUGGUUGAAGUGGAGCUAGCUUGUACACUUUAAAAAUGGUUAGGUAGUUUGAUCAAGUGGUUCCCAACCUAGAGGUUGGGACCCCUCACUCACAAAAUUAAUCUCUGGGGGAUUGUGAGAUUAUUAAUGGCAUAGGAGAGACGAAAAAACAGAAUUCUUCUUUGCAAAUCUUUGCUGUUUUGUGAGAUAUUGGAUAAUUUACUUCUUUGGCCUGAAAUUGUUAUUUAAAUGAAACCAUCUGAACAGUUAAGAGGGGGAGUAACUCUUUGGUGGAACUGCUAACACCACCUGAAAUAUGACAAGAUCACUGGUUUAAUCUUUAACAAUGCAUUGUAUAUUAUCCAAUGUUUCUAUGUACAAUAUGAAUCUGUAACUGGCAACUAGAGCUGUUGAGCAUAUGUAAUGGAGUAUCUACAAUAGUGGUGUAGUAGCCUAGAAGAAGAAGUAGAAAGUAGCAUAAAAUGAAUAUACUCAAGCAAUUUACAAGUACCUAUAAAUUGUACAUAAUUACCGUAUA